CAAACGGGAAGUGAGCUCGUUGUUCUUCGGUGGCUGCGGCGCGCGGAAGGCUCGCAGGCCAAAACAACUCUUCCUCUCCUCCUCUCCUUCCUCCUCUUCUUCCUCCUCUUCCUCCUCCUCCUCCUCGCGGACCAUGGACGGGAAUCAGCAUUCUCUUCCUCGAACAUGAGCUCCAGUCCGUCCACAGUGGAUGGCACCGAUAGGCUGUGUGUUUCUGAGCGCGCGCACUCCGUCCCGUCUCCGGUCCUUCACCUGCGCCAUCUUCCUGCUGACGUUUCUGAACAGGAAGUGAUCGCUCUAGCGAUUCCUUUCGGCCGAGUUAGUCAGCUGAUAACGCUGAAGGCCAAAAACCAGGCGUUUUUAGAAAUGGCGUCGGAGGAGGCGGCUGUUACCAUGGUGAACUACUACACCUCAGCCCCGCCCACCAUCAGGAACCAGCCAAUCUUCAUUCAGUACUCCACCCAUCGCGAGCUCAAGACCGACAAUCUGACCAAUCAGAGAGCAGCUCUGCAGGCCAUCAGUGCAGCAGCAGUGCAUUCUGGGAACAUGGCAUCGGGGGGAGAGGGGCGGGGCUUUGCUCCCGGUCAGAGUCCCGUCCUGAGAAUCAUCGUGGAGAAUUUAUUUUACCCGGUUACUCUGGAGGUCCUGCAGCAGAUCUUCAGUAAGUUCGGCUCGGUGUUGAAGAUCAUCACGUUCACCAGAAAUAAUCAGUUUCAGGCUCUGCUGCAGUUCAGUGACACCGUGCACGCUCAGCACGCCAAGGCUUCUCUUGACGGUCAGAACAUCUACAACGGCUGCUGCACGCUGAGGAUCGACUUCUCUAAACUGAGCGCGCUCAACGUGAAGUACAACAAUGACAAGAGCCGAGACUUCACCAGAGCCGACCUCCCGUCCGGAGAACUGGACCCCGCCGCCGCUUUCGGUCUACCUCUCCCUCCGUACGGAGCAGCAGCUUUCCAGCCGACCUUCCACCAACAUACAGGUCUGUCCAUGGCGGCCAUGUCUCCUCCCCGCGUCUCCCUGCAGGUGGCGCCUCCUGCUGGUCACUCGGUGCUGCUGGUGUCCAGCCUGAACCCGGAGAGCGCAACGCCGCUCAGCCUCUUCGUUUUGUUCGGUGUUUACGGGGACGUUCAGAGAGUUAAAAUCCUCUUCAACAAGAAGGAGAACGCUCUGGUUCAGAUGAGCGACGCCACUCAGGCUCAACUCGCGAUGAGUCACCUCAACGGGCAGCGUCUCCACGGUAACGUGAUUCGGGUGAUGCCGUCCAGGCACCCCGUGGUGCAGCUGCCCCGCGGGGGGGCGGGGCAAGAGGAGCAGACGCUGACCCGGGACUUCUCAGGCUCCUCCCUCCACCGCUUCAAAAAGCCCGGAUCCAAAAACUUUAACAACAUCUUCCCACCGUCGGCGACGCUGCACCUCUCGAACAUCCCGUCAUCGGUCAGCGAGGAGGUGUUGAAGGAUUUGUUUUCCUCCAGCGGAUUCACCGUAAAAGCCUUCAAGUUUUUCCAGAAGGACAGGAAGAUGGCUCUGAUGCAGCUGGCGUCUGUGGAGGAAGCCAUCGAGGCUCUAAUUGCUCUGCACGACCACCAGCUGGACCACAACCAGCACCUCCGGGUCUCCUUCUCCAAGUCCACCAUCUGACGUCCGGGUCUCCUUCUCCAAGUCCACCAUCUGACCUCCCCUAGUCUCCUUCUUCCUCCUAGUCUCCUUCUCCAAGUCCAACAUCUGACCUCCGGGUCUCCUUCUCCAAGUCCACCAUCUGACCUCCCCUAGUCUCCUUCUUCCUCCUAGUCUCCUUCUCCAAUUCCACCAUCUGACCUCCCCUAGUCUCCUUCUUCCUCCUAGUCUCCUUCUCCAAGUCCACCAUCUGACCUCCUAGUCUCCUUCUCCAAGUCCACCAUCUGACCUCCUAGUCUCCUUCUCCAAGUCCACCAUCUGACCUCCUAGUCUCCUCCUCCAAGUCCACCAUCUGACCUCCUAGUCUCCUCCUCCAAGUCCACCAUCUGACCUCCUAGUCUCCUUCUCCUACUGUUUACUGACUCCGACCCUUUUAUCUGCCCUUUGACCCUUGGAGCUGACGAGCUGGUCUUCGGGGCUUCUGAUUGGCCCACGGUGGGAACAAACGGACCAAUGAGAGCUUCCUGUGCCUACAAACACUCUGACAUCACAGUGGCGGAAGAUGUCACAACGCAGGGGGGUCGCCAUGGUUACAGAGGUUACACAGCACAUUCCUGAGCUACCAGUAGCAGUGCAUUGUGGGUAAUGGAGACCAACAAGCCACUAAUGUAAGCUGAAAUGUUUUCAUCUGAAUGUUAAAUUAAUGUGAUGAAAGAAAAAAAUCUUCGAUUAAAAAAAAAGAAUCCUGCUUUUUCUCAAAAUCCCCAAAUAAUGGAAAUAUUUAAUAUUUUGUUUUUCUUUUCUGUUUUUAUUUAAAGCUACUCAGCAUGGAUACAAAUUGAAUCAGAUAUUUAUUGAGAUUGUUUUUUGUUUUUUUAAAUUUUUAAAUCAUUGUUUUUUAACUGAGUUCCCCUUUUUUAUUGUUUGAAAUUUAAAUCGUAAACUGCCUUUUACAAGAGUUAACUGUUUCUGAAUCGUCAGCCUCGUGCUGCCGUCCGAUUGGCUUAAAUUUACGAAGAUCGUAGACAUUUGGCUGCGAUCUCAACAAACUGUCUUCUGUGCCUUAUUUCCAUGAAUUGUUCUGCUGGUUUUUUUUUUAUUAGUCUGCUGUUCGGUGGCGGGUUGUGUUGACGACUUCAAUUGAGUUUAUUUCAGUUAGUUCAGAGUAAUUUGGGGUUUGCUGUCGUAUUUUGGGAGUGUUUUUUAAUCAUGAAUGUGUUUUUACUGUCCAACAUGACAUAAAUAGAGCUUUCCAUGUCCCGCCUGUCGUACCUGUGUGUGUGUAUUUAUACAUCUGUAUGUGUCUAUAUAUAUAUAUGUUUGUAUGUGUGUGUGUGUGUGUAAGAAGAUGAGCUGUGAUUGGUUUGAUCUUUAAGUUUCAGACCUUUUUUACUAUUAAAUAAUAUUGAAUUCAAA